AUGUCCCAACCCGAUAAACGUUCGAACACGUCCAACGAGCAGGACAAGUCCGAGGUGGUCGCCAGCCCACAGCGCUCUACGUCCACGCACCCAGCGGCUCGUGUAGCCUCCACCCAGUCCCGGCCUCCGAGCCAACAAGAAGGCAACCAGGUGCCUGUUGUGCCCCAGCAGCCGUUCGAGGGGUACCAUCGAUACAACAUCCCUCCUCAUCCCCUAGGCUUGUUCGAUAACUUCUUGCACCAGCCCUUGCCGCAAUGGCCUGCUGCAGCAUCAUUCAACCCGAACGUGGCCGGUGUCUUCAACAACGCACCGGCUGCCUUCUAUAACGCACAGCCGGGAGCCGCACACAAUUGCCCCCAGUGUGUUGCUGCGAACCCCUUCGCCAUGUACAACGCCCCGGGCGUUAUGUACCAUCAUCAUCAUCCAGCGGCUUUCUUCACGCCGCCUGUUGCCAAUCCUGGACCCAACCCUGUCGCCCACGCCGUCGUGCCCGCCCCGGCCGCCGCAGCACAAGACAACAAUAACAAUAAUAUCAGUGCCCAGAGCAACAACAACAACCCUGGCGUGGCUUCUGGUCCCGCACAGGCAGUGCAGCAAGGAGGCGCCAGCCAACGAGGAAGGCGGUCUCGUCGAAGAGCCAGCGGUCGAGAGGGUCGUCCACGUCCAUCGCGGUGGACGGCCCAGGAUCUGACGACGGCACGUGAGAUGCGCCAGAACGGGCAGUCGGACAACGAGAUUGCUGAGGCUCUGGGCAAGACGGCCCAGGCCGUCAGCUCUAAGCUGUGGCGGGACCGCGGCGGAGAUCCUCACAACAAUGAGCGGGGCAUGCCUCGUCGUGGACAGACAUAG